AUAAGAUUACCCUCGUCUAAAUAAUAUUUAAGAAGGUUAGAACAAUCGAAACGGACUAUUCUAUACAAACUAUCAAACAUGUAUGGGUUGUACGCGUGCCUGAUCAUCGCCCUUGUACAGGGAAUCCAAGGUUCUGUUCUUGAUAUCGAAUUCGACGAAGUAGACUUUCUCGACACGACAGACGAGUUUGACAAUCAAUCGUUCUUGACAGAAUUGGAACAAUUUUACGAUGCGACCGAGCAUAAGAAGAACUGCAGCGAACUCGCCCAAGGAGUGUUGGCAGUGUACGACCUUUCGCACAACCUUACCGAUUGGGCUUACGAGUCGAUGAUGCAUCUCAACGACGACGUGUACACCGUCCUGCAGUGCACCGUAACAGCCCAGGUCCAGUGUCUCUUCGACACUUUACAGAAGACCCGUGACGAUGCUCUGAAAGUGUUACCGGAGUUCUUGGCAUACCGUAAGGAAUUCGAAGCGCUUUACCACAGAGUUAGAAAUGGACUGAAAUUGUGCUUCCGUCCAUAGAUAAGAAAGCCAAUCAAACUAUUUCAUUCAAAUGAAUAAUGCACUAAAUUUUUAUUAUACUUUAUCUGAAUAACAUCUAAUUACAUACCGCAAAAAAAAAAAAAAAAA